AUGGCAUCGCGCAGUGGCUUCAUUAUCAAGCAAGCGGGUAUCCCCGGCAGUCUGGUGCUUGGUGUUGCUGCAGCCGGUGGUCUUUACACAGCUUAUUCAUAUAUGCAGAGCUCGACAUCUUCUCAGCCUCGAAAGAUUUUUGGAAGUGGAAUGGCAGGUAGUCUUACAUUGCAACAAAUAGAGGAUAUCAAUCAUAACACGAAGAGAUUAUGCUUCGCUUUUCCAAAUGCCCAGGAUGAGACUGGACUGACGGUCGUUUCAUCCGUAUUGACCUUGUCAUGGCCCAAGGGAAGCCUGACACCCGCCAUUCGACCAUAUACACCAGUGAGCAAUCUUUCAAAAUCAGGCUUUAUUGACCUCAUGGUCAAAAAGUACCCCGGCGGCAAAGUCAGCACACACCUACAUUCCCUACAGCCAGGCGACUCCCUCUUCUUCGCAUUCGGCAUAAAGGCAUUUUCCUGGAUUCCCAACAAACACGACCACAUAACUCUCAUAGCCGGAGGUGCUGGCAUCACCCCGCUCUAUCAACUUAUCCAAGGAGUUUUGAACAACCCGGAAGAUCGCACGAAGUUGACACUAAUCUUUGGAGUGAAUACUGAGCGCGACCUUCUUUUACGCGAGGAGUUUGAGAGUUAUGCGAAGAGAUUCCCUGAUCAAUUUAAGAUUGUCUAUACAGUCUCGAAGCCUGAGGAGGGGUCUACCGUCAGAAAGGGGCAUGUUACGAAAGAGCUCUUGAAGGAGGUGUUACCUGCUCGCACGGAUAAAGUGUUUGUUUGCGGACCUCCUGCGAUGGAGAGCGCAUUGACUGGGAAAGGAUGGGGAGAAUCAGGUAUCCUGGGGGAGUUGGGAUAUAAAAAGGACCAGAUUUUCAAGUUUUGA